AUAUAAUGUAUAAACAAAGACGUCUAAAUUUUAACAUUGUUACAUGUGUCUGGGCUCAAUCGACAUAAUGGCUGUAUAAUUACUAAUAAUCACAAACUUCUACUGCCGCGCACGGCCGACCUACCGAAGCGAAAACAAACGAGAACGAACUGGUCACAAGAUGGCGUGGGAGCAGCAGCGUCACGAUUCCAACACUGCGGGCGGGAAAUUCAAAUUCAACAUUUACACCCGGCCUGAACAUCCCGCCCACCUUGAAGUGUCCACAGUUCAAAACAAAGUUAUUAAUAACAAACACUAGUCACACUAUGUACAGACCACCAACUCCAUCCUCAAGAGUUACUGAAUGGGGAGGGGACACAAUUUCACUACCGGUCGAGUGAAUGUGCCGUGAGGAGUGCGAACUUCUGCGACAUGCACAACUCCAUCCUUGCCAGGAUACACCUUAACAAUUCUGGCUACCCGCCAAUGCGGUGGGGGCAGGUUUGAGUCCUUGAUGAGCACUAGCUGUCCUUCGGUCACAUUCUUAUCUCCACUGAUCCAUUUUUUCUUCUGUUGGAGGUGAUGCAGGUAUUCCUGGUGCCAUCGCUUCCAAAAGGAUUGAUGGAUUUGCUGGACCAGGGGCCAUCGCUGUAACCUGUUCACAGGAGUCGAAGUAGUGUCGUUAUCUGGGAGCACUUGUGGAGGCCCAAAGCGUGGCGAUGGCAGAGCAGCAAGUGUCGCCGGAGGGAGUGCGGCUCAAGAGGGAGUUGGGGCUCUUCAGCGCAGUGAACCUCAUCUUCGGCGUCAUGAUAGGUUCCGGGAUAUUCGUGUCCCCGUCUGGUGCCCUGGCGCGCGCUGGCUCCGUGGCACUGUGUCUCAUCGUGUGGCUCGUGUGUGGUCUCAUCUCGCUGCUCGGGGCCCUAGCAUAUGCCGAGCUGGGCACGGUGGUGCCGCGCUCUGGCGCCGAGUACGCCUACUUCCUGGAGGCCUUCAGCAGUCUCCAUCGCUUCUGGGGCCCGCUCGUCAGCUUCACGUGCGUGUGGGUGUACGUGGUGAUCCUGAGGCCGGCGGAGGUGGCCGUGAUCAUCCUCACCUUCAGCGAGUACGUCUGCCAGCCCUUCGCGCCGCUGACCAGUCACGUGCCGCCCGAGCGCUUGGCCGAGGUCAAGAAGAUCAUCGCCAUCUUGGCUCUAGGUCUCAUCACCUACAUCAACUUCGUGAGCGUGAAGCUGUACGUGCGCGUGCAGAAUGUGUUCUCGGCCUGCAAGGUGCUGGCGUGCAUCAUCGUGAUCCUGGGAGGCGUCUACGAGCUGUGCGUCGGGAGGACAGAGGUGCUGAGCACAGGCUUCCAGGGCUCGUCCACCUCUGCGUCUUCCAUCGCGCUCGCCUUCUUCAGCGGUCUGUGGGCGUACGACGGCUGGUCGGCUUGCACCGUGGUUACUGAGGAACUAAAGAAACCGGAAGUAAACAUACCUCGCAGCAUCCUCAUAGCAGUGCCAGCAGUCACGGCGCUCUACUUCAUGAUGAAUGUGGCAUACCUCACUGUGCUCACUGUCCCCGAGAUGGUCGGGGCGCAAGCUGUCGCGGUGGUGUUCGGGGACAGAGUGCUGGGUGUGAUGAGCUUCGUCAUCCCUGUGGGCGUGGCUCUGUCAACCUUCGGCUGCGCGCUCAGCGUUCAGUUCGGCGUCACCAGACUCUGCUUCGUGGCGGGCCGGGAGGGCCACAUGCUGGAGAUGUUCUCCUACAUCCACGUGAGGCGCCUCACGCCAGCGCCGGCCGUCGCCACUCAGGGGCUGCUGACGCUGCUGUUUAUUGUAGCUGGGGACAUAACAUCGCUGAUUGACUUCGCCAGUUUCCUCGUGUGGAUCUUCUACGGCCUGGCGAUGGUCGCGCUCUUGAUCUUGAGGAGGACCAAGAGGGAUGUUCCCCGGCCAUACAAGGUGCCCACAUGGAUCCCUGUGUUCAUCAUCUUCGUGGCGGGCUUCCUGGCCGUGGUCCCCAUCGCCACGGACCCCAACCCCGGCUACUUCCUGGCCAUCGUGUUCAUCCUGGCGGGCGUGGCGGUCUACACCCCGCUCGUCUACUACAAGAAGAGGCCUGGCUGGAUGCGCUCUGUGUCCCGCUUCGUGCAGCUACUGAUGCAGGUGGUGCCGGAGGACCAGCGACUGGACUGACUCGCUCACUCAUGCCAACUCCGCAAACCGUCGCUUCCAACAUGCACCAACUAAACUAUUGUUAUUGUGCAUUUACUUUUUAUACCAAAACUUCCAAAGAUGAUUUUGUUGAAAAUAAACCUGUUAAAAA